GACCUGCAACGGGACACAUCUCUUUCAGAGGGGCGCACGCUUGGACUGAACUUAGUGAGUUUUUUGUUUUCUUUUGUUUUGCUGUGACACUUUCACAAUGUCGCUGUCGCGGCUUGGAUCCCUUGGCCUCACUGUGACCUGCUCGGUACGCGGCUUUGGCUCCGCACGCUUUUUCGACACUUCGAAGAGUGCAGCGGCGGCGGCGGCAGUUUCGGGACGCGCCUUCCACGUUUCAGUUCGGAAACAGAAACAGCAAGCUCUGGGGCCCAGCGUGCUGGUGGAGCGCCACGGUUCCAUUUGUUCCAUUGGAAUCAACAGGCCAGAAGCGAGGAACGCCGUCAAUCUGGAAACGGGCCGGCAGCUGGUCGAGGCCUUCAAGACCUUCGAGGGAGACUCGUCGCUGACCGCCGCCGUCUUCCAUGGCAUCGGAGGCCAUUUCUGUGCCGGCUUUGACCUGAAGGAGCUGUGCCACCAGCGAGAGGCUCUCGACAUCAAGCAGGAUGUGACCAAAGGCCCUGGCCCGAUGGGUCCGUCUCGUAUGCAGUUCACCAAACCUGUGAUCGCAGCGGUCAGCGGCUAUGCGGUGGCCGGAGGUCUCGAGCUGUCACUUCUAGCGGACCUGAGAGUCAUGGAGGAGAGCGCCAUCACCGGAGUGUUCUGCAGGAGAUUUGGAGUUCCUCUCAUCGACGGGGGCACCGUCAGGCUACCUCAGCUCAUCGGGCUCUCCAGGGCCUUGGACCUCAUCCUCACGGGACGUCCGGUGGGCGCGCAGGAGGCGCUUCACUUUGGAAUUGCCAACAGAGUCGUUCCAGAUGGCAAAGGCCUCGACUGUGCUCUGGACCUCGCCGAGCGGAUCUCGUGUUUCCCCCAGGAGUGCCUGCGUGCGGACCGAAGCUCGGCUUACCACAGCGUCUUUGAUGCGCCAUCCUUCACCGAAGCCAUGCAGUUCGAGUUUGACAACGCCAAGCACGUCCUCCUGAGCGAAGCCAUCGCUGGCGCCGACAAGUUUGCCUCUGGGAUUGGGAAAGGGGGAAAGUUUUUCUAAUAAAAAGGCACAGGUGUGCCCUGGCAUGGA